AUGCACCAGCUAGAUAUCUUCACAACUCAUGGCCUAUUGGCAAAAGCUAAAAAAAAUGGUGAGGCUUUACUUACCAAGCACAUCUUUACAAAUUCUUGUAAAGAACUGUUGGGGAUUGAUGCUUUACGGGUGUUUCUUAUUAUUUUAUGCUAUGAUGAUGAUGUUGGUGAGAAUAAUAAUAAUACCGUCUUGGCCUGAAUAUAAGACACACCCACAAAUAAGCCGCACCUUUAAAAUUCAAGACUUUCCAAUCAACUGUAACCUUGCAACUUAAAUUUGUCAGUGUGUGAUUGAAGCCCACCUGAAAACAGUGACCAUCUGGCAGGGGUGCCAACUUGAAUAAAAUAUUGUGGGGACCCAGGUAAGCCCUGCCCCACACAGCGCAGUGCGCACACACCAUUUGAAUGCGAAUGCCCAUUAACUGGAGUGGGCAGUCCUAGCAUAGCUGCUAGGAUUUUAGGAUUUUAUCACCAGAACAAUAAAAUAAACACCUAUCCACCCACCUACCUACCUCUCUUUCUUUAUAUGGAAACUGAAAUUCUUAAAUGUUCCCUGAACCUGAGUGUUUAGAGAUUUCAGGUGAGUGGGGAAUCAAAAGGAUGAGAUCUCAAACUCUAGUAACAAUUGAUGUUAGUGUCAAAGAUUAUAUGCUGAAUAUCCUGGUACAGUAAAUAGCUCAGACCACAUUCCUGCUCCCGAUUACAACUCCAUCUAAUUGCUGUCAGUGUGGUUUCUAUGCUUAGGAUGACAGACUGGUGAGUUUCCAGCGAGUAGGUGUCAAAUUCCCUCACAUCUCACUUUCAAGUUUUAUUAUCUGUAAUAAAUAAGGAGUGAGUAAAGCCUACAGGGAAGAAUAAAAAACAUGAGUUGUCUUGCCACGUUGUAUCAUGUUCAUAAACUGAUGAUCUAAAACCAACAGCUAACAGACAACACGAUAGUGAAGAACAGUUACGUCCUCGGUUUUCAAGGAGCAAGAUUAGCAGAUUAUUAUUAUUAUUUUAAAUGAGGUGAAAUACAUGGAGUAUUCUGCUAAAUUUGGGAAAUCAUUCCCAUUGAGACAUUAAGUGCUCUUUCAUAAUGAGCAUUUCCCCUUAUGAGCUUCUGUGAAUAUUUUUUAUUGGCGCACUGGAUUGAUUGAGUUUUUAAAGACGCAGGAUCUAGAUCAAAGAUGGUCGAACUUUCCUCACCCCCAUCCCCUCCAGCUUCACAUCACAACUGGAAUGCUAAUUGAGAGCGUCUCCUAGAAACACCUUUUAAGAACCCAUUUUUUUAAGUGUCUGGCUUAAAAUUAAUCUCAUUUUUCCAGUAUGUGUAUUCUCACAUUCCCAUCUGAAAAUGGGUGUUUGGUAGUACAGAGCACUGCACACAGUUUAGGCAAUGCCGCUUUUCCUUUUGCAUAUGUUGAACUUCAUGAUCUCUUCCCCCAAGAUAAACUGCUGGCAUCCUGUGUUCCAUGUUUACAAGCAGGAAUCCCCAGGUGGUGGAGGUGGCAGUGUUGGAGGCAAUUCUGUUGCUGCAGGGCAGAUCUUGCAGAUCCCCACUCAGUCACACACACACACACCCCUAAAGGGUUGGGGGGGGUGUCAGAUGCAGCUAAGCAGGGUUUUGACAAGAUAGGAGUUGAAGAGAGGGAGAGUCUGCAGACCAGCCAAGCACCAAAUAGGCAUAUAAAUUCCUGCAUACUCUGAGCUUAAUCUGCCAUGGUAGACCGGCAGGGGUUGGGGUCAGGUAGGCAGGACAGAAAGUGAAUUGAGAGCUACUGGUAGAUCUCUGAUAUGCAAUAGACCAGCCAGGAUUCUGAUUCUCACUUGUUUAUCAUCAACAAAAAGGACAUGCACACACACCUAUAAUUUAGGCAACUAAGUUGAAGAAAGCUCAGGAGCAAAAUCUCUCUGUGUGUGUGGUCUGUGAAUUCAGUGCUGGUACUGAAAACAAUACUAUUCAUCCUAAUGACACUUCCAGCCUGCUACUACUUUUGGGUGGGAUUCAAUCGCAUAAUGGCAAAUUGAGGGUCCACUCUUACAGUUAAUUUGGAGGUCUUGCGCAACAAACACACUCCUGCAGCAGACUGAACUUUGGGUAGGUGAUCAAGAAAGGGACAGGGAAAUGCACAGGGGAGUGUGGGCUAACACAUUCAUUCAUUCAUUUUAAUCUGCCCUUCAUUCCAAAAGAGUCCAGAGCGGCACUUUGCUUGCUUUGACACAAUGUCCUCUAACCUAAGGUUACCAGAUUUUUUUCAAUGAAUCCGGGGACUACAUACAUACAUACAUACAACACGUUCGGGAUGUUGAUGCUGCAGUGAUGGCGGUGGCAGAAGGAAGGGAGGUUUCACACUGCCUUUUGGAACAGCCCCAUCCCAACUCCUACUUGCAAGUAAGCAGGAGAGGGUGGGGAUCCCUCAGCUGGGAAGGGAGGCUUCCCGUUGCCUGAGAGAUCCCUGCCCCCUCCUGCUUGCACGCAAGCUCUGAUACAGCAUGAAGCUUCCCUUCACAGCUGAGAGAUCCCUGCACCGCUCCUGCUUGCACACAAGUUGGAGUUGGGAGGCUGUUCCCAUAGGCAGCAUGAAGCCUCCCUUCACAGCUUAGUUGCUGGGGUCAGGGAAGGUGGAGGCAGCCCAGAAGCUGCAUCUUAGAGCCCCUGCACCACCAUCAUAUGGGGACUUCCAAGCAGCUUCUGAAGCCAGCCAGAGCCAACCUCUGCAGUUGAGACUGCUGCUGCUGCGUUUCCCAGGGACAUUAGAUGAAAUCUGCAGACAUUCUGGUGAUGGAAUUUGACCGGGGACUUACUCACAAAUCCAGGACUGUCCCCAGGAAACGGGGACAUCUGGUAAUCCUACUCUAAUCUCUCUGAAAGCAAAUUGGAAUGAAUGCUCAUUAAAUAGCAAAUGUUAUCUAACCUCCCUGCAAACAGAUCAGGAUGAAUACUCAAUAAACAGGUCAUAUGGUAGUGUUCUAAGAGUAUGUUGCCUCUGCCCUGUCGCUAUUUUGCACUUGGCUCCAUUUGAUGGACAUCACGCAUCAUAGACCCCACAAGCCCAUCUUGGCAGUAGACCCUUCUCAAGAUCACCCUGACAUAUCACAAGGUAGGUAAGUUCACAACACAAUCUGAAUAUUACUGACUAUUGAUGCCUUUUGGUUCUUUCAACACCCCAGCUUGUUCAGUUCUACAAAAUCCAAACAAAAACAAUUGUUGUCUGUCCAUCAGUCGCUUUUAUAUUUCUUACAUCAAUGUUUUUCAAGAAGUUAUUGCAAACACUAAUUCUGGAUAAUUGGCUUAAUUAUUCAGCUCCUUUGUAACUGCCAGCCUUUCAGCAUGCUGUAGGUGGCUUUAAUGGAUGUUAAUGAGGCACACGUCACAUUCAAAGGUAUACAAUCUUUGUGAAUGAUAGCCAGGUGAGUAACAAGAGGAAUUUAGAGCACUUCAGACAAAUUCAGAUUUAAUUCUCAAUUAAAUGAAGUGUGCAUCUCAAUUUUAAGUAGAGCAUAGCAAUCAUUUCUAUAAAUACUAGCACUGUGUGAAGAGGACUUAAUGACUGGUAGUUAUAUCCCAGUAAUUAGGGGUGACUGACGUUGUUUACUAUGUAGACUAGCUGUUGGUAUUGACAUCUUGCAUGACCUAUUCAUCAAGUCACUUGGUCUACAUUGCCAAACACAAUCUUUGAGGAUGAUCUUCUCUCCAGUCCCAAUGGAAGGAGCAUUGGAAGCCACUUCGAUCAACAUUGAGCAAGUUGCUUUAGUCUCACAUUGCAAAAGGAUUGGAACACAAUCUGAAUUAUCACUGGUUUUAAUUAUUAUUUUAAAUGUUUUAAAUAGUGGUUUUUAAUUUUUACUGAACAUUUUGUUCUUUUAUUCUUUCUGUAAACAGCUAUGAGGGUUUUAUUACAAUCAAGUGGUAUAUAAAUCUUCUGCAAAAAAAUAAAUAAGGAGCAUUGGUAGGUGUGCACAAGAAAAAAAAUCUUUUAGUGGAUUGUGUCCUUGAUUUACUUUUUGAGUAACAGUUUUUAAAGGAGACAUUUCUGACAGCAGUAUUAUUACAAAAAGCCAAUGGCAAAAUGGAAGCGAUAUAAUCGGAAUUCCUUUGGGAAAUUAAAGGUGACUGGACUUGAUCGACUGGAUACUCAGCUUUGUGAGUGUUCAGGCAUCAACAUACACUACUCAUCUCCAAGCUGAUACCCUGCAGGUGUUUUGGACAAUGACUGUCAUUAGCCUCAGCCAACAUAGCUAUGCUUGGCUGGGGCUAUGGGAGUCAUAGUUCAAAACAUCUGGAAGGGACCUGGUUGGGAAGGUUGGCAUGCAUUGUGAAAUGUAACUUGUGACAGAAAUGGAAUAAAUCAAACCAAGAUCAAGGAUGGUUCUCUAAUCUGUCUAUGCACAUAUAUUCAGAACAUUCCCCAUUGCAUUUCUCUACUAGUUGCUACUUUAAAUUAUUUGCUGGCCACCAGAAACCCUACAAAGGAGCUUCUUGGUUUUUCCAACCUCAUUUAGUGGGUUGUCUCAUAUAUUUUCAUCAGUUUACCCAACUGCAUAAGUCUUCCCAAGCCAACCCUGAGAGUGGGCUCAUGCAGGUGAUUUAAUCAAACCUGAUGCCGCAAGGAAAUCCAGAGUUCUUGGCUGUGGUGAGUUCUGCAACCUCAAAGGCCUUCUGUGUAGCAAUUUUUCAAAUUGCUGCAGUCAAGGUUUGCAGAUCUUAACUCACACAAUCCCCGACAUGGGAUUAGUUACCCCUGGCUGAAAGCCAAUGAGGGAGAAGACAUGGGCACUUUGAGGCUCAGUUACCUGUCUGCACAUUCAUACCUCUUUUCUUCUAGGACUGCAGGUGCACCGAGUGUGAUCUAACAACUGAUCCUUCAUAGAGCAUGGUGCUGAUAAUCCCAAAGCUGCAGGUUCGAUCCCCGAAUGAGACAGCUGCAUAUUCUUGCAUUGCAGAGAAUUGGUCUAGAUUAUCCUCAGGGUCCCUUCCAACUCUAUGAGUUCCCCUCUGCUAAAACUAUUUGUCACACAAUAAUGCAGAUGAGAGGCCCUCAGAACUCUUAACCAUUUCCCAUGGCUAUAUACAGCGGUAGCUUGAUUUUCAAACUUAAUCCAUUCUGGGAGUCCAUUGGACUCCUGAAAUCGUUCAAAAACCAAGACAUGGCUUCCAAUUGGCUGCAGGAGCUUCCUGCACUCAAGUGAAAGCUGUGUUGGACGUUCGACUUCCGAAAAAUGUUCACAAACUGGAACACUUACUUCCAGGUUUGUGGCGUGCGAAAGCCGAUCUGUUUGGGAGCCAAGACAUUUGAGUACCAAGGUACCGCUGUACUGUAAAUAUUAUGGUUAGUAUUGCUGGUGUGAUUAAUUAUGGCAAGUUUUGUUUUUUCUCUUCCAAAUGAUGUUGCUAAAAAGGAAAGCUAGGUGCUGCAAUCCUAACUAUAUUCUCCAGUAAUAUUAAGAUGUAAACAUAUUUAGGAUUUGGCUGAAAAUUUACCAUGGGCACCAUCAAAAGAUAUCAAAAAGAAACAUCAAAUGCACAUAUGCAAAAUGGAGGGCAAUUAGCAAGUCAGCUUUAUCUAUGUGCAAUGUUCCCCUUACACCGAGUACUUCUUAUGGUGAUGCCUUUUAUAAAUAAUACAAAUCAUUCCAGUUAUACACUGUGGGGAAAUGUUGACAUGACCCAUUUGAAAAACAAUGAUGUAGGGUGAGAUCUACUGUGAAUUCCCUAUGGCAAUGAGCUGCAGCUGUUUUGUCCUAUAGUUAUACUACUAUUAAGUGCAAUGAGCUUGGUCCAGAUUACUGAGUUUACCUACCCAUGUUUUUCUGUAAACAACUGCCAGGUGUACAGUUCUGGAGUGUGCCACUUCGCCUAGGACAUUACACACCCUAAAAUUAAUCUAUAAGUGACAGCCAACUCCUCAUAUUCUCCAUGACGACAAUAUUACAAACUGCAGACUUUUCUCCUAUACCAUGGAAUAUCUCCCAGCGCACAGUUAUUUUGGCUGAAUGUUUUAACACAGAGGUUGGCGAACCUCAGGCCCGUGGUGGGUGUGGGCUGCAGCUUUCCAGGCCUGUCUACUUGGCCCUUGGAACCCUCUCUAAGCUGUACCUUCUGCCUAGCCUCACCCCCUCUUCUCAGGUGAUUCUCCUCACUGGCACUGCUUCACACCUGCCACAGAUGUUUUCACAGGGCUGGGAUGUUUGCUCUUGCACUCUGAGAAUGUCUACUACUUGCUUCUGUGCGUGCAGAACCCAUCUGAUUGCACAAUGGUAAUCUAAAUGACCCAGGCUCACAAUGAAUGUGUUAAUUUAUGAAUAUUUGUUUUGUUAUGUGUAAAUUAUUGUCCAAAUGUAUACAAAGGACAUUAAUUAUUAUUUUUUCUUUUUUGUAUUCUUUCUUCUUUCAUGAAUUAAAUAUUAUUAUUAUUAUUUAAAAAUCCACAUGUGCUAUGCAUUUUGCACUUUUGACCAAAGAAAUAUACUCUACACUGAUCGAGCAACCUUAAGUAACAGCUGCAGUGGUAACAUGACUAAGCACUGACUUACAAGAAGCAAAAUUGUGCAGAUUGCAUGUCAUGUAAUAACAAAAUUCAGUUUCCCACUUCUUUUCCCAUGCAGCUACUAUGCAAGGCAAAUAUGGGUCAAUUGCAAAAUCAUAACCCAUUCGAAAUUCACAGCAUUUUUUUAAAAAAUCCACUUUGCUAUUUACGAUCAUCUGUAUUAUGCAACACAGAGCACAGGGUACAUCAUGAUCUUCUUUCAAACUUCCCUAAAUAAUUUCAGCAUGUGUUCCAAUCAAACAAACAGUGGUCUAUGUGCAAAUGUGGCCUCCAAAUAAAAAAAAAACUCAUCCAUGGCUCUCAGAAGACAGUGGAGAGAUCUCCUGCAUCUACUCACUGGAGCUGCGUGUACAAUAUACACUCCAAUCCAGAGAUCCACUACUAAACUUGUAGAGGUGUUCCACUUCAGAACAAGCUCCCUUCUAUCUCAUCCCUGUAAUGGAGGCUUAUUGUCAGUUUUUUUGUUUUUAAGUUUACUACAAACCCCCACCAACUCAUUUAACUUAUCAGGAGGCAGUUUUACCUACCAGGUUUGAUACUUAUAGUAUUCAGUACAAAUUUAGUGUAGCUCUGUAGGAAAACCAUUAUCAAUACUGUAUAUCUCAAGCAAGCAUAUUGUUCCACUUAUUAGUUAAAAGUAUCCUUCUAUAAAUCUCUGAGAUGCCAGUGGUUUAUAUCCAUGUUCCCUUAGAAGCCUACGUCCCAGUAAAAUGUUGCUUUGUUUACAGUUAAAAAAUGAUAGGAAACAGUGGUACAAAUCAGCACAAAGAGAUAAAUGGAAGAUUUUCAGCUUAUGCAAUUUCGUUUCAAAAUUGGCUUACACAAAAGCAACAAUUCCUUGAUAAGCAAUAAAUUUGUGAACCCCUCUUUAUGCAUGUAUUUCUUAAAAUCCAAACAGGUUCCCCAAGGUCAGCUCAUGAUUCAAGCCUGGAGUGCCCGGGGCAUUUUUACACAAACAUUAAAACAGACAAGGAUACUGAUAUCCAUGGAAGUACGUGGUGCCCACUUCCAGUGACAUCUAACAAUUUUUAUUUCAUUUUUGUAACAUACCACAUAAACCACACGACAGAGGGAACCCAUAGAAUAAGGGACUCCAAAAUGCUUACAGAAAAUUACAGGCUCAGGCAUGUCAAACUUCAUGCCAAGAAUGAGGAAAAUUCCAUUCCACUGCCGUUUAUAGUAAACUAUAAUGCAGCAACACUUCCAUAGCUUCCUCUCAAUUGGCGUUCACAGAUUUAGGCAUUUGGCAAUAAUGUGAAAACUAUCAUGAAAAAGAGCUUGCUUUAAAAAUAAAAUAAAAAAUCCCAGCCACAGAGAUUUCACAAUAGUACAGCUCUCAAUGGGUUUCACAACAGUAUUGAUGGUGUUGCCAUUGUGCAGUGACACGUGCAGCACUACACAUACACACACAAGGCUCUUUUUUUGUCUGAAGAACAGUCAGUCAUGCCCAGACCAUGGCAAAAAAAACUAUAACACAUCUAAAGCACAUCUAAAGCACAUUCUUCCUACCCACUCCCCCAAAAAGGAAUCGUGGGAACUGUAGUUUCCCCCUAACAGAGCUAUGAUUCCCAAUACCCUUAACAAACUACAGUUCCCAGGAUUAUUUGUUGAAAGGGGUCGGUUUUAAAUGUAUGAAGCCUUCUUGUAAGCCCAUCUGAAAAUUACACACACGUAUAUAAUAUAAUAUAUAAUAUAUACAUAUCGUGAAAAGCUCCAGAAUUGAAGCAAGCCUCUCAUUUAUCAGACAGUUAUUUCAGAAGGAGGAGGAAAAUGUUUAAACAUUUUUUUCACGGCAUCGCAUACAAGAGAGAGAGAGAAAUAAUUGACAAAGAACAAAGAACCCCCAUUCUGCCAUCUUAUCCUUUUUGACAGCUGCUUCCUCAGUAUAAAGGGCAGUAUAAUUGUUCUCAUCAGUCUUAUAAUUAAAAUCUCUAUCCAGCUGACAUACAAUUUGCAGAGGCUUCCCUUAUGAGUUUAACAGAUGUUGCCUUAUUAGAUCAUGCCUCUGCUGCAUUAAGAAGUGCUAUCAUCAUAAUCAGUGCUUUUGUGCGCCUCCCUUAAUGUUUGUUGUCACAAUCUUCUUGAUUGUACACAUUUGAGAACAGAAAUCAGAUAUCAGGUCUCAAGGGGGUUAUCCACAGUUUAAAGUGUCUCUCCCAUCUUUGUUUAUCCUUUGUGAGGUGGCCUUGCAAGCUUUUAUUCAAAAGCUGUCCUGUAUUAUUCAGCCCACAGGCACCAGCUCCAUCCAGGGCCUCCACCUGCCAAAGGGAUGGAGUAAUACUACUGCAGGGGGAACAGCCUUGCAGAUGUGGGGAAACCCACACUUGUCCCUUCCUAAACCACUAUGUUUAAAACAGGGAAGGGCAACCUGUAGGGGGGGGAGGUGGUGGCAAAGAAAGGUUGAGAAAAGGGGUGUUGGGCCCACUUUCUGCUCCACCCACUACCAUUUUCAACUCUUCCCAUCACCAGCAUGUUGGCCCUGACAGCUUAUGUUCAAAGGAAUGUGGAGAAGGUUCCAGAAAGGGAAAAGGUUCUCCCUAUCUGUUUUUAAAGCUGGGUAACGCAAACUGUGGCACCUCAGAACGGGAGCACAGCCAGGGUGGGGCUUGCACAAGAGUGAAAACUGACCAGGUUCAACAGAAAAUCUGGAGACGUCCAGUUUCAGUUUCACUGCUGAGAUUUAAAUGAAACAUCUAAAUACUGAAUACUGCCAGGACAACAACAAAGGGUCUUCCAACUUUGGUCUGUUCAUUUCAGCUGAGCCUGUGCAAUUCCUCUCUUUGUGGGUUGAGUACUGGGGUUAGGCUCAUAAUAUGGGGGUGGCCUGUUUGGGGUUUAUGUGGGUGUGCUCUCACUCAUCAUCAUCAGUGAUGUCUCAAACACAAGUCCAAUAGGUCCUUGUAUCACUCACACAACCACUCCCAAGGCACUACUCCCAAAUACAACUUCACCUGCUGGUGGAAGAUGGUUACUUUACUACGCUUGCAACAGUACACUGCAAUCCAUGUGCUGAGAAGCUGCAAUAUCCCUGAAACCCAAGUGCUUCCUAGUUUGAAAGAAGUUAUUUCCACACAACAAAAAAAGCACAACUACAACUGCACAUUGAUGUCACAAUAGUUGGGCCCAAAGUAUACCUCUGGGUAUAGGGCUGUAUAUAAAUUCAAUAAACCAAGUACUGGUUUUUUUUAAAAAAAGAAGCAUGAGCUUGCAAUGGUAUAUCUCAUCUAAAGUACAAUGAUUGCACAUUUACACUUGAUUUAAAAUAUAAGUGAUUUGUUAAGCUAUGUUUAACUAUGCACUGUCCUGAAUCUUCCAAAAUGGCCCCAAAUUCCCUCCUAUUUUCUAUCUCCACACCACACGCCAUCUUAUACUUCUCUGCUAUGUCCCCCACCAUUUCAUUCUGAAUUAAAAAGCUCCAAAUGUUGUGAACAUCCCUCAUAGAACAGGGCUCCUUGAUCAUUUUGGUUGCCCUUUCCUGCUCUACAAUCUCCUUUUUGAGGUGAAGCAACCAGAACCAUACGCAGCUUAUCAACUGCGGAAUAGAUUGGCAUAAUGGCAUUGUGAUAUUGGUCGUUUUAUUUUACAUCGUUUAUCAGGAAAGCGCAGUUCUGCCUCACAUCCUUCAAUAAUAGCCAAUUAGGUCUACUCCAAAUGUUGCAGUCCUGAAAUAUUUAACUAAAAAUCAUGGGAAUGUUUAAAGUUACUUUGCACUACUGGCCAUGGGGGAUACCCUACAUUCGGUUUAUCACCUCCUCUACUGCCAUAAAGGGUAAAGCUUAAUUUUUUAAAAUGACCAUGGAAUGUUUUAUGUUUCCAGCAGCUGUGUGGCAUUAACAUAACACCUAUUAAAAUAAGGCCUGAAAUAGAAUAAUGAGAGCUGGUGUCCUCCUGGGGACUGUUUGGUAUAUUAAGGAGGAAGUUGAGUAGAAAUAAACCCUUUGGCCCUUGAGAAAGAACUAGUGGUGUUUUAUUGCAACAGGAUGGCUGCAAUACUCUUACCAUAUUAGCUGUAUCACAAUAUGAAUGACUGCUUAAGUACACAUUUAAUUUUAGCUUAUUCUGCAUCCUUCAAAAGAGCAUAAAACCAAAUAAAGCACAUUUUAGGAAAGGGAUAUUAAUUUAUUACAAAUGAUGUUUAGGAGUCAUCUCACUGUCCAUAGGCAUUCAAGGCAAUGUGGAAAAUGACAGCCAGAAAUGAAUUCAUAUUACAUUAAAAUACAGAAUAAAAUGCUAGAAACAUACCAAACAGCACCAAAAAUAUAAAUUUAAACAGUACAAAAGCCCCUAAUAAAAUGUCUAUUUUGGGCAGCAAUCCUGUUACUACUAACCUCGGAGCAAGCAUCAAAGAAAGCUCCAAGACUUACGUCUUAUUAAACAUGUAUAGGAUAGCACCCCCAAAUUGUUGAUCCCUAGUUUAUUCAAAUCUAACAGAGUAAAGACAAUAAUAAAAUCAGCACUUAAAGGAAGACCAAAUAAAAACAAAAACCAGCAGCCAUUAAAGCAUAACAGUAAACAGUACAAUAAUCUGAUCAAUGAAACAAAACAAAGAACACCAAAGGGUUAAAGGAAAUAUUUAUUCAUUCCUGCCACCAUUCAUCAUAUGAUAGCUUCCAGAGAAUGCAACCUUAAAGAGAGCAAAGCAUUAUCAUAUCAUAAAUACUUCUUCAAGAGAUACUGUUCUUUCAGAUAUAGAAGCUGAGCCUGCAAUCCUAUUCUUGCUUAAUUAGGGGUAACCCUCACUGAAUAAUACAGUGGGAUUUACUUCCAAGAAAACAAGCAAAUUAAUUAGAACUAGGAGGGAUAGUCCAUGCAUACAUACCUGGGACUAAGCCCCAUCGGGCACACUGAGACGUAACAUUUACAAGAGUGGACUGAAAAGCAAAUAAAUGUGAGUUUCCAAAACUGUUGAAAAGUCCUAAGCAUUUGUAUUGAACAACAUAAUAAUGAUAUACAUAAUUAAACAUGCCUAUGGGAUAUAGGAUGUAGUCUGUAAUACAGCCCAAGAGCUUCCUGCAUUAAGAAUUAAUAAUAAUAAAAUAGGUCUGAUGUGCUUCUGUCUAUAUACUCCUGGACUAGUACAUCUCACAUACAAGUGUAGUCUGCAUUGUGUUCUGUAAGGAGAUAAAAAAUGAGUCUCACAGCCCAUUUACUUCAGAUCACAUCUAUUAAAUAUAAAUGCUAUUCUGGUGCCUGGAAUACAAUUUAUGACCACAUAUAAACAUAAUCCAUGGUACCAGCCAGGAAAGUUGGAGAAAUCACCAGUUAUCACUUACCGUGGAAAUGAACAGUUUUGAACCAUCUAACAUAUCACGGCCACUUCAUUGUCUAUGGAAGCCGUUGUGGCAUGUAAGCAGUAAUAACACAAACAGGCCUUAAAUAUUGGUAUGUCUAUAGAAUCUAUGUGAACAUUUAUUUGUGUAACUAAAGAUAUUGCAUAUUUGGGUUAAUAGGUGCCAUCGCAUGCUGAAGAUUGUGGUUGCCCGCAACUUUGCCUAUUGACUUUGUAGGGGCCCAGCCCCACAAAUAUAUUUGGCUCCAGUGUUUGGGUUAGACUCCUCUCUUUGUGGCAUACCCUCAAGCUAAGUCAAAACGAGCUAUCCUUUAAUGUGCAUUAACUCGUUUUUUGUUUGUAUUAUCAGUUAGAUCAUGAAUGGUAAAAAGUAGCCCAGGGGUAGGCAACCUAAGGCCCAUGGACCGGAUGCGGCCCAAAUGCCUUCUCAAUUCGACCCAUGAACGGUCCAGGAAUCAGCGUGUUUUUACAUGAGUAGAAUGUGUCCUUUUAUUUAAAAUGCAUCUCUGGGUUAUUUGUGGGGCAUAGGAAUUCGUUCAUUCCCCCCCCCCCAAAAAAAUAUAGUCCAGCCCCCCACAAGGUCUGAGGGACAGUGGACCGGCCCAUGGCUGAAAAAGGUUGCUGACCCCUGAAGCAUAGGUGGCAAUGUUUCCCUUUUUAAAAGGGAAAUUCCCUUAUUCCGAAUAGGAUUCCUCACAAGAAAAGGGAAAAGUUGACAGCUAUGUCCUGAAGUAGCCUUUGCUCACUCUCUCAGAAAUGUCUGUUCACUUACCAUCGACCUUGUACUCUGCCCUUCCUAUGAAAAAGGUGGAUCCCAUGCUAGGGAUCGUCCAGAACAAGUUUGAAAUUAUAACUGCCAAUAUUGAAUGCCUGUAUACAUAUCUAUGGCGCAACCACGCUAGCAGUAUUGCAUACACUUCUGGUCAGCACAUCACUCGGAUAUUGUAGAGUUGGGCAAUGUUCAGAAAAGGGUAGCCAAAAGCAUCAUGGGGCUUUAGCAACUUCCCUAUGAGGAGUGGCCACAACAUUUGAGGCUUUUUAGUUUUUUUUUUUUUAAAAAAGGUAGAAGAGGUGAUAGAGGUGUAUUCAUUCAUACAUUCUGUGUGGAGCAAUUUAUAUAUUUUUUCUGUGGAGCAUCUCCGAGGGCCUUCUGGUGGUUCCCUCACUGCGAGAAGUGAAGUUACAGGGAACCAGGCAAAAGGCUUUCUUGGCGGUAGGGCCCUCCCAUCAGACUCAGGGAGACAAAGAACUACACAAUUUUAGAAGACAUCUGAAAGCAGCCCUAUAUGGGGAGGUUUUUAACGCUUGACAUUUUAUUAUGUUUUCAUAUUCAGAUGGAAGCUGCCCAGAGUGACUGGGGAAACCCAGCCAGAUGGGCGGAGUAUAAAUAAUAAAAUCAUUAUUAAUAUUAAGAAUUAUUAUAAUAUUUAUUUAUACCCUGCUUUUUCCCCUGACAGUUUACAGAUAAACUUAAGAAUUAUGGGUUUUCUUCCUGAGCAUGACAACAAUAAGCUCCGGGCAAGCUCAUUUCCUAUUUGGGGGCUUCCACGGGCAUCUGGUUAGCCAUUGCGAGAAACGGGAUGCUGGACCAAGAUAGGCCAUUGGUCUGAUCCAAAAAGGCUCUCGUCAUUGCGCUCUCGAAGUGCUCGGAAAGCUUCAGUUUCUGAGAUCUAAGUGGAUCAAGGGCUUUGGUCUUCCUUCGCCUUGUUCUGCGAAGUAGGUUUCUUCUGAGCCUCGCCAUCUCCUCCCCCUCUAGGCUUCCCGGCGUCUCCGUCGAGGGGACAGAGGCAGCUGGGGCUGCUCUCCUGCUUGCAGCGGGGCAGCACAGCAGCAGCAGCAGCAGCAGCAGCAGAGCGGAGGGGCGGCUCUUCCUGCUCGCGCUCCGCCUCCCUCCCUCGGCGCCGCCCUCGCCCCGUCAAGAAGCCAGGCGUGCCCAACCCGCGCCAGCGCAACGCAGUCACUCCAGGGCCACCAGCAGCGCCGGCGGGAAGCCACCUCGAGCUCCCUCACACACACGCAAACACGUCCUUCGGCGGCCUGGGAGUUUGCUCGAGAGCCUCUUCGCCCCUUUCACUCGGCCGCGGCUGGUGGCGCUUUGCCGGGAGGGUCGUCUCCACCUCCGGAGCCGUGUUGGGAUAACGUCGCCGUGUGCUUUGUGCGCGCGCCUUCGGCUGCCGCGCAAGGAUAUUUUUGGGGGGUGUCCACAAGCGGAGGCGCCUUUUGGACGCGGCGGAGUGCGGAUCUUCUUCGGCCAGGUGAGGGACCUCGAGCGAGGCCGCCGGGCGCGGCGCGGGAAACACAAGCCGGGAGACGGAGGGAGGGAGCACGAGGGAACCUGGGCUCGCGGAGGCUGGCGCGCGCGCGCGCUUCUCUGGGCUGGAGGGAGGCGCCUUCGGGCAGGCGGGCUCAGGUAACUGGCGACGGGGCGCAGGUGGGCGAGAGGGAAUUGGCGGGGGCGGGGGAGAGAAGACGGAGAGCGCCGUGCCCUUUCCCCCAGCCUUUCUGGCCAGGGAUUUGUCGUGCUCUGUGGGCCAGAGGCGCUAAUCGGUGCUUGUGGUGGAAGAGCAUCUCGCCAAGCCGGAUACGGGUCUUCUGCUCCGUGUGUUUCUCUGUCUGUCCGUCCGUCCGUCUGUCUGUCUGUCUGUCUCUCUCUCUCUCACACACACACGGUGGCCGUUUUCCUUUUUGUGUGGCUUGCAGCGCGGGCUCUCGUCGUAGGGAUGCCGGGCACAUCCCGGCGGAGCGAGGGAGCAGGCGUUGCUUUGCUUAGCGAGUAACAGGUCUUUCCGCUUUCCCGGAAGCUGCUUUGGAGUUCUUUCUGAACUGGGCUCUUGGGAUUUCGGCCAUCAGUUCUGCCUUGAAAAUGUUUGUGCUGGUGGGAAAUAACUGCUUCGGAAUCAAAGGUGAAAAUAUCCCUGGCCCGGCAAAACAGUUGUUUUGGCCUUAUCUCGCUUUUACUAGAGCAGCUCUUCUAAAAAUGCGUUGGUGUAAUUUUUUUUUGUUUGGAUUUGUGAUUGGGGUCCGUGAACUAGAAUAAUUCAGAUCUGACUUUGCAAGUCAGUUGAUCUCCAUGUGAUUAGAAGAAAGAGGAGAGGCGCAUAUAAGAUGAAAGGAGUUUGAAAAACAAACUUUUUAUUUAAAAAAAACCCCACUUUUAGUGUGUUCUUGUUGCUCACUCUGGUAAAUAUUUGGGCUGUUAAGAUCAAGUGUCACAGUAUUUGUACUGUAGUUUGAUCACUAUUUCUUUUUUGCAUAAAGUGUUGCAUGCAGAAGGCUUUUACCGCAUUAAGUCUUCAUUUCCGAUAUAAAUGAAUCUUGUAAUGCUAUUGAUCCACGUGCUAAUGGCACUUAAUGGAUGUUUCUUUGGAUAUGAGCAGGAUCAGAGAAGGAAAUUGUUGCCCUAAAAAAAUUAUGUCUGUAUGGGUCGUCCCCCCCCCAACAGCUAAAUGUCUUGCUGCAUUUUUGUGUACCUUUUGUGAGAGUGAAUAGGUUGUUUGUGUGGCAUAUUCACAUUAAUACUGGUUCACUGUUGAUUAGACUUUUAAACUUUAUUGUAAGAAAUUAAGUUGUUUAUAAUGUUGCUUUGAAAAGGACAAGGGGAUAAAAUCAUUAGUGAUCUUUUAUAGUUAGUAUUUUUAGUAUUUUAACGUUUUGGUCUCUGGUUACUAAAUGUUGAUCAUGAAUGCAUUAACUGCUUCUGGCUGACUUCCUCAUAGCCCUAAAAUGAAUUCUUAAUCCUGCUUGAAAUCACCUACACAUAAGUAAGUUUUUAGUUACCUGCUAGCUUGACCAUGUGUUUAUAAGGCAAAUGGAAAAGUAAGGCCUAGUUUUAUCCACAAAAAGCAUAUGCCUCCAGACUUGUUUUUUGGUAUACUAUGAUUUGCUAGAGAGUAACAACAAGCAACAGGCUGUUUAUCUCUUCACCUAUUCCCCUUCCCCCUUUAUAAAAAAUGUACCCAGAAGAUAUACCUAUGCAUACUUGUACAAUCGAGCACCACAUGUUACAUAUGGCUUUUCUUAAACAUGCUACAGUCAUGGCAGUAUGUAUGUAACUGAAACUUCUCCAGAAAAUGAAUGAAUGCAGGAAAAUCUUGCUUAAACAUCAGUAACACUUAUUUAUUUAUAUUUUACUGGAAGAAAUAUCAGCUAAUUAGUUGGGCAAGGGCUCUUCAUAUUCAUCGUUUAUGUAGAAGAUGCUUAUUUACAGGAACCCAUUUAGCUCAGGAGAUUUUGGUCAAUAAUAUCCAGUUUUAAUAUAAAAUGCAGUUGUAGCCAGUGCUGAACCUCAGGAAACUAGCCUCUGCCUCCAUAAACAAAGCUGUUUGAAAAGAAAGCUUCUCUUGAAGCUAAGAAAGCAUUGCUUGUUGCAAUUUGAUUUUUGAAAGAACUGUGUUAGUGGAGCUAUCAGAAAAAAAUGUAUUUUCGACUAGGAGGAGAGAGAGCCCAUGUAUGUUUGAAAACACACAGAGACCAGGAGUUCACCCAGUAUAAUUAAUAUAUAAAGUAUUUCAUACUUACCACAUAAAUUCUUUCAAGUUUAAAUAGCUCAUUAUAUAAACCUGAGGUUUUAAAAUUCUGUAUCAAUACAGAUUUCUAUAUGAGCAGACAACUUAAAGUGACACUAAAUUAAAAUGGAUUUCCACUUUAAUGGUCAGGGAUUUUAAAGACUUGUCAUAAGGGAGAAAAACCUAGGCCAUGUUCUUACCUUUUCAUGCCAGGUGUGGAAUUUGUAAGGGGGAAAAACCCUACAUUAAAAUUAACAGCAUUUUGAUCUGUUGGCUGAUAACCUCCUUACGCAAAGUACAUGAGGUGGAUACACAGAUGGAUUCCUGGAAACAGAUAACCAGUCUGAAAGAUAAGGGUUAAACCAACUCUGUGCCAAAGCAUUACUAUAAAACAUUUGUGCUCAAUUGUGACGAACUGAACAACGCCCCAUAAGCUUGCUUUUAUAGCCUUCUCUUUGAUCCUCUCUUGUUGAGUUAAUGUACUCAGGUCUUAUCACAAGUUCCAUCAACAGUAGUUUUAAGAGUUUUAGUCAGAGACCUCACAUUAUACUGUUCCUGACACUAUUAAAUAUAAAGUACGUUAUCAUUUCCCCUCACUGUAGUGCAGUUUGCUCUUGGUCUCUUUAAAUCCUUUAUCCCAACAAUAAUCAAAUAGUGUGUGCAUCAGUUAUGUGUGGGAGCUGAAUAAAGAAGCAAAUUAGAUUGAAGGGGGGGGUCUUGUUAAAACAUGAUGUAGGCAAUUGCCGCCCCACCCCCCAGUUUAGAACAGGGCCUGCACAGAGUGUCACUUUAUUUUCUAGGUUUUUAAACACAGAAUUACUAUGUCAUUGUAUAUCUAGUUAUCCUAGGUCUGUGGGCUUUGCAAUAAGUGAUGCUGUCCAGCAUGUUGCCUGCAGGGCACGGAAGACUCUGGGUUGUUCUUUGUUAAGCCCAGCAAUAGAGGUAUUUUUUAAAAAAAUAAUGAAAGUUAAGGUGUUAAAAAAAAAAUCCUUCAUUGUUCUGCUUUAACACAAACAAACCCAGAGCUCUUCAGAACUCCACAGGAGUGUUCUACAAAAGCAUCAUGAUUUAAAGCCUGUAUUGGAGUGGCCUAACAGAGGACACAGGCAAGGUCUGUAAGAUCUAUUGAAGGGCACCAGAAACUAGGCCCAAUGUGAAACUGCAGAGUUUUUAAAACUUUAGAAUCAAGAAUACACAUGACCCAACCACUUCUUAACUGUUCUAAGGUAAGAAAGAGCAAGAGAGAAACCCCUGCUCUGCUUUCAUAAGAGAUUAUGGAAGAAAAUGAAUGCCUUUUACUUUCCUCACAAAAAGCCCCCGGAUCUAUUUGUCUGCAAUUUGGCAAGCUUAAUCCACUCUGGAGGAGCUCCUGUACCUGUAAAUCUCAUCCACUUUGGCCAAAAUGAGAAAAGUUAUAGCUACUUUUAAGUUCUCCAUUAUAGUGAAUGGGGAAAUAGAGGAGCUAAAUUAUAGAUAUCUACAGUGGCGUGUACAGUUUGCCUGUGGAAACCCCUAGUAAAAUUUAUUUAUGAUGUGAAAAGUUGAUCAUUAGGUAGUGCUGGGGAAGAGCAGCCCAAGGGCAAGGCUCACAUUUUCUCUAGAGUCUAGAGCCAAAAGUGGGGUGGGGGGUGGCACAGACAACACCACUGCCCAAGGCUGAGCUUGAAACAUGGGUAGUUAGUCAGGGCGGCCUACUUACAUUUAGUAGGACUAAGAAUUAAUGGAGGCUAAUAAGAAUUGGCUCUGGUUUUAUUUCACUUCAGGCCUGUAGGUUGUAUAGGCCUGAUUGGAUAAUUGGAGCAAGUGAGUACAAAAUUGGUGUUUGAGUUGGUAGGAAACUAGAGUGUACCUUUUCUAAGGCUAACAAAAAUAUGGAACUAGGUCCGAUAAAAUAUAUCUGUUCUAAAGUAAUUGUUUUAAUGAAGAGUGAUGACCCUAAGGAAACUUAUAUGGAAGUCAAUUCCACUAAUAGCUGGGAGAUUCUCUAACCAAAUGGAUGUGAUUAGGAUGAGGUGCUGCUUGCUGUGUCAUUACUCUCUAACAAUUCUUUAGUUUUCAAAUGACUAUCAGUAUUAAGUUCCAACAGUAUUCUUUUUAUAUGAUCUCAUACUGUGAACAAAAAAAGGAGGGGAGAUUUUAGAAAGAAUUGAAAACAGUAUUAAAACCUUUUUUUCUUGUUUGAUCUAUGUGUACGCUUACUUUUAUGGAUUUUUGGGAAAGCUCACUUAAGGCCAUGCAUACUUAAGUAUUCAGCUGUUCAUGAUGAGUGGAUGAUGAAUAAUACCAUCUUUAGAUAGCAAUAGCAUUUUAUAGUGUUUCAGUAAUAAUUUAUAAUUCAGACAGUCUAUACUUUUGCCAGAAGCUGAAGGGAGUCAUUCUACAUAAAACAGAGAGAUUUCAUCAGUAGAAAUGAAGUAGAGCAAAAAUGAAAUAUUGUGUUCACAACAAUCUUGUGACAUAGGUUUGGCUGAGAUGCUGUUGACUUACCCAAGACCACCCAUUGUGUUCAUGGCUGACUGGUGAUUUAAACUUGUAUUUCACAGUGCCAUACCAAAGUCCAGCCACUGAGCCAAAAUGCCUCCCUAUUUCAUAAUCCUUAUUAUAAGUUAAAUACUAGGCAGCAUCAACGUAACCUUUAUAGCGUACAUGUCAAGAUGCUGUUGUAGCGAUUGGUAUUUUGGUGUUUGAUGCCUAGUCUUCUCCCACAGUGAGUACUUUGAUGGUUGCACCCAAUUGUGUAUAAUGAUCUUUAAAAAUAAAAAAAUGUUCCGUGUUGGUAGAACAUUAUGUUGCAACUUGUAAGUUAAAAUAGCCAAGUCUGACAUACUGAUUGUUGGAGUUUUGGAUUGGUCAGUGACACACCCUCCACCCACCAAGCCAUAUCACAUACAGCUUGGCAAAUUACCCUCUUUCAAAAUAUUUCUGUGAGGUGGGGUGAUGUUUGAAAGCUAGUUGUGUAACUCUUUGGAGUUGGGACAUUAAAGUUUAAAAGAACGUUUUAAAAUAAUAACUUUUGAUUUGCUUCUCCUAUGUUCUCCCUUCUGAAUGAAGGAAAUUGGUGACAUUCAUGUAUGACCUUUGUAAACUGCAGCAGAUAGACUGUUCAUGCAUGAGCCAAAAGCGUUUUCCCCCCUGUCAACAAAUAGCUCUCAUAUAUAUAAUCUUUUCUCAUUUUAGAUGAGUGACUUUGGAAUCAAAAACAUGGAUCAGGUAGCACCUGUGUGCAAUGCAUAUAGAGGACUGCUCAAGGUGAGUUGUGAAAAACAAACAUUUUCAGUAACACUUUAAUUUUGCAUGCAUGAAACUAUUUUUACAUGCUAUAAGCAAUAUACUUCUAUUCCAGCUAAAAACUAACAUUUUCAGUAACAGUGCAGUAAAGACUAUUAGUUUAAUUCGAUGUUGUGUCAUUUGCAUAUAGGCUUUCUACAUUUGAAAAGAGAAUAACAGAAACUGUUUUCUUAUUUGCUAUGCAAUUUGAAAGCCAAAUCCUGCCUGGUGAUCUCACCAAGACAGGUGUAUAAAAUAAAUGCACUGUUGAGAUAGCCAAAAGCUUAAUGUGCUGGUGUCAAGUAGCAUUUUAAUGUACAGUUGAUUGUAUUUACACCCAAACUGUCCUGUAGUUUAAAAAUUCAAAGUCCUCUAUGAGAAGUGCUUUGUCUUUUGUUUUGGCUUACUGUGACAUCAACAACUAAUGUCUCUUUAAAAAUUCCACUAUUGAUUUCUUUCAAUACUGCGUGACAUUCAAUCCUUUGAGGGAAUCGGAGACAGAAUAAUUUAGCAAAAUGAAGCUAUGUCUUAAUUUAGCAAUAAACUGUUCAAGGUUGUAUUUUUACUUAGUUAAGACAAAAUAAUAUAAGUGUAGGCAUUAUGGAAGAUGCUUGCUAACCUUUUCUUGGCUGGUAGGCCGGUCACAAACAAUAUUGAAGGCAUAUUGGUUGACUUACGUUGGCCUUCUGGGCACAGUUCCAACAUUGUACAACUGUUCCUCAUUUGUUCAGGAUUUUUAUGUGUCUAUGCUUUUAACGUGCUCGUUGUGCUGUUUAGUUUCAUAUUCAAAACAUUUUUUUCAGUACAGCAUGCCUUUUACUCACUCUUAAUUCUGCUGCAUUUUUUCCAGUGACUCAGUACAAGGGUCACUUGUUUACACAAAACACAGGAGUUUCCAGAUUAUGUUGAAAGUGUUGACUCAGAUCUUUUAUCAGUUAACAUUGAAAGAAUUUAUGUUGUUAGAAGGCUAGACAGCUGGCUUAUUAUUAAUCAUUUCAUUUGUACAGCAACUUGCUCAAGUUAAGUUCUUAAAGCUGAAUUUUCUUAUUGGAGUAAUGUCUAUAUGAACAGUUUCUUUGUUCUAGACUGAAUCACAUUGGCUAAAUUAGUGUUGGGCUAAAACCAGCCAUUAGAGGCACACAUCUGAGAGACGUACUUUGUGCUGGCUUUUCCACCCUGUGAUAUGCUUUUUUGAAUUUAAAGGGUGAAAUCAGUAGCAGUGUAUUAGAGAAGUUACCCAAAACUGGCACCCAGACUUCAUAGAUAUGCUGCUUCCCUGACCAUUUGAAUACAAAUAUAUUAAUAAAAGCAGUAGAAAGUCAAACACAUUGUUCUUGGAAGUCUAUCUUAACACCUCAACAAGCUAACCAUUUUAAUAAUGUGAAAACAUUUCAGUGAAUGGCUAUGUUUGUGAGUUAAUAGGUGAAAAAAAAUAGUGGAAUGUAUCAAAUCUUUUAUAUCAGACUUGCUUUACAAUGGCUGCUACAAAGAUGGUAGUGUUGUAUUCUCGUGUGUGUGUGAUUUUUGUUUUAUCAAAUAGGUGCUUAUACAUAUUAUACACAAUUAUACAAGAAAGGUUAGUGUGCAGUUUCUGUAUAUCAGUAUGCAGUUAGUGUGCACUUCAUAAAACUAUUCUGGUGAAUAGCUUCAUAAAAAGGAAGUUACUUAGGAAAGUAAAUAAUUAUAAAACCUCAGAUUACUGUUCAGAUUUCAUGUGUGUCUCCCAUUGUUUUCUAGAGUCUAGACCAUACCUAUUCCCCCCUUAAUAGAAUUUAUAGUGCUGUGUGGUCAUUCAAAUGCGAAUAGUGCUUCAUAAAAUAAAGCAAAUCCUUUAAAAUAAUACCUAAACCUUUGUUAAUUCAAAUUUCAGAUUGUGCUUUUAAAAUGUUGCAAGGAUAUGCUCCAUGACAUUAUGAAUCUGAAGAUGCUUUUGUACUACUGCUACAGCUUUUAGUAAAUCAGGAAAUCCAACGUCAAUCCUUUGUAUGUACUUAGUCAGUUUCAAGGGAAAUGAUACUGACUAAGAAAGGGCUGCUUAACAUAGAAUGGAACUGUUAAGAUUCCUGGAACAAUGAGUUACAUAACCAUAUCACAUUUGCUCUAUAAACUUGUGCGUGUACUAAAAUAUCCAAACUGAACUUCUUGUAUUUUCUUUUUCAGCGGCAGCCUGCAUUUGAUUGCUUUGAAGGUGCAAAUUCUUUGUUUACUGGAUACUUUCCCUCAUUAAAUGAAGAUCAGACAGUCCAGGAAGUGCCAACAGGCCUUGAUUCUAUUUCUUAUGGUAAAUACCAGUUUAAGAAAUGUAACACCACUGUCAUGCUAGUUAAUAGAAUGGAAUACUCUAAACAGGAUGUGGUCUGAAGUCACCUGUAUGUAGAAUUAGAGAAGGCGCAAUCUGUGGACAUCUCCUAUUAUUCAUAAUAGGAUAGCGUUGAAGCAAAGUCAUUGCUCAUGUGUAGCUCCUAUUAAUUUGAGUACAGUGGAACCUCGACUUACAUACGACUCGUCUCGCGGACUUUCCAAGUUGCGUCCACGGCAAACCCAGAAGUAAACACCGGGUUUGCCGCGAUUCACUACUGCCGAAUGCACAUUUGCACAAGACGCCUCUUCUAGCGCACUGUUUUGACCAGCAGACAGACCUCCGGAACUGAUUAUGUCUGUAAGUAGAGGUUCCACUAUAGUGCUUAUGAGGGAAAUGUCUUGGUAGAGUUGGGCACAGGUAUACCCCUCGUAAUAUAAAUUUAAAAUUCUCAGUCCAGAUUGUGCAUGUGGCUCCAUUAGCUUGAGUAGCAAAGUACAAAGAUGUGCAUAGUUAUUGGAAUUAAUGGCGAAGCCAUUACAAGCAAAGGAGCACUAUGACUGCUUUCUUGGUCCUAGGCUUGAAACUGAUCAGGAUGCAAAGUUCAUUUAGUUCUUCUGAUAAUGAAAGUAGUAUUUUACUCUGAAAGUCACACUGGCAGGUAGCCUAUCAGUAAAUGAAUUCAGAUAGUUCGUCAGAGCCCCAGUUGCAGCAACACUGUUCUUGCCAUAAUAGUGCUGUACACCUGACGAAAUAGUCAAUAGAACAUAGAUAAGCGAAGUAUUGUGGUUUUGAAAUGAUUAUAACUCUGUAUACCAAAGGCAAACUCUUUCUUACAAAAAGCGAGUUAAAAUCAUUGAUAGCAAUGCUGGUGAUCCUGUCCUGAAGGAAUGCAGAGCUAAAUAACAAGUUCGGAAUAAUUACUAUGUUUCUGCAAACAAUUCUAAACACGGUUACUUUAUGUUCUUUUCUAGUGUUGAAAUAUUGCUAGUCUCUUCUAAUGCCACGUCGCUGGCAACUUCUGUAAAGAAUACAGUUGGGUCCAAAAUCUAUAUUAAUAACAAAGCAUUGCUGCAGUUGAGAAAGAAGAAACUUAAACAUUUCCCCCCUUUCCCUUUUCUAAAGUAUUGCAACUCUUCUGCCUUUCAGAAUCAAACAGCUGUGAAUUGCCUCUCUUAACCCCAUGCAGUAAGGCUGUGAUGAGUCAGGCCUUAAAAGCAACUUUCAGUGGUUUCACAAAGGAACAGCGCAGACUGGGUAUUCCAAAUAGUAAGUACUUUAUUUCUAAUGCAAAAGACUACACUGAUUAGCAUUAGAAAGGUAGUUUUACCAGUAAACAAAAUGAGAGUUUCUGAACUAAACUAAAUGCUUGCAAAUGAUCUUUUGAGGAUUGUAGCCUGAGCUUGGUGUAGGUUUAGUUUACUGGAUGCUUCUCAAAAGAAUAUAUGGAGAGGCGUUAGUAAAAGAGGCAGCAGCCAGUAGGCAUAAGUGUGUGUCCUGCAGAGAGUUUCCUUAAUGUUAAUUUGUUUGUCUUGCUCCUUGCAGAUCCGUGGUUAUGGUCACAUCAUCAGGUGUGCCAGUGGCUUAUCUGGGCCACCAAUGAAUUUAGUUUGGUAAAUGUGAACUUUGAGAAGUUUGCCAUGGAUGGGCAAGAGUUGUGCAGACUGGGAAAGGAGCACUUCUUGGAAUUGGCACCUGAUUAUGUGGGUGAUAUUCUCUGGGAACAUCUGGAUCAAAUGAUAAAAGGUAAAUAAGUCUAACCAGAGUAGUGGCAUGAGCCAGGAAACAUAUGACAAGUUUUGUUUGGGGGCAGUGGAUGGUAAACUUGCAAAAGUAAAUGCUAAACUUUUUGUUAAGUGUUAUACAAAUGUCACAUGUUGCCUUUUAACAGAUGAAAGCAAAUUCCCCUGUCCAAAAUGUAUAAACAAAUACUUUUUCUAUUUCCAGACAGUGAAGAAAAGCCACAAGAUCAGUAUAUGGAAAACGCCCAUCUCACUUCAUCCAUGCACUGGGUCAACAACAACACAUUAGGUAAGUAUCUUUAAUUAGGCUAAUUACAACAGUUAAGGAAAGCUGGAAAGACUGAAUUUCCUUUUGAUGUCAGUAGAUAGCCAAUUUCAUACCUGUGCUGUACAGAGUAUACACCCUGGAUGAAAUUGCAUGUGCAUAUUCAGCAAUCUACAGAAAGUUGCUUUAUAUACCUUUUACUUUCAGACGGGUGAGGGAGGUAGUCAGGUUAUUUGGGGAGGGGUGUAUGUUUUUUUGCCAGGAACUGGUGAUAAAUGGAAUGGAUAUGCUUCAAAAUGCUGAUGUGUUAGGACUAGAAACUUAAAGGAAAAACCCCAAUAUAUUUGCCUGGGGAGAGGUGAGAAGGUUAUAGAUGCCAGGGGAGAUUGAGUUGACCAAUUGUCAUGUUUGGCAUUUGACAUUGUGCUAACAAGUGUUAGGGCCAUACAUGCAUUGCUCUACUUGACCUCUGAUACUGUUCUAGGGGAGUCUGCAAUGAGUAUUAUAAAAACAAAUGUGCAUUUCCCCCCCAGGUAUUAACAUAGAACAAGCACAGUAUUGUGCUCAGGUACCCAGCUAUCCAAAAGCCCUCAGCUAUCCAAAAUCCAGCCUUUUGGAUGACCUAUGUCAGACAUCUGUUGGACCAAAUGUAGUUAACCUAAAACAAGAAUAUCAGAUGUUUCCUAAAGCACAGUUAGAAACUGUCAAUGUGAACUACUGCUCCAUGAACCAGGACUUCGCAAGAAACAACUUGAACUUGAUGUUGGAUAACUCUGGUAAGAUUGCACUUCCCUAUGAUCCCUUGUUGUUCAUAAUGCUUACAGUAUAGAAGAUUCCGAGAAAUAAACAUUAAUAUAAUACAGUUCCUAACAUGUGCUCUAGCAAUUAUGUAUUUAAAAAAACCCAAGCUUAUUGUUUCUGAGUUAGCAACCCAACUUACCUCUUUAUUACUCAACCACAAAUCAUUAUUUUGAGAUGCUGAGAACUCAUAGUGCCUUUUGAUAGGUCAACGGAGUACAGUACAAUUUGUUAAAGAAAAAAAGAAAAAAACCCUGCCUUGUUAAGCUGUUGGCAACUAAGCUAUAAAUUUCAUAAGCUUACUUACUUAAUUAAUUAUUUCUGUGCUGCCCUUCACCUGAAGAUCACAGGGCGAUUUACAAUAUAUAAACAAAAAUGCAUACCAUAGUAACAAAGAAAAAGGGCCUCAUAUGAUGAUUACAGGGACCAGGUUGUUUCAUAUGAGAAGUGGUUCUUGAGGUGUUGCAGUCAAUUUCAAGUGAUGUGCUGAUCUAUUAAGUAAAACCCUUGGAUUCAAAGUAGUAUUCUUACUGACUACAACUGGGCAAAAUUGACGGACUUAAACAUAAUCUGAACUACGAUGGAUUGCAACCUCUGUAAUUUGAGUUCUUAAUUGGUGGAGUGGGGGCAGACUAACUGUUAAAAAGAAAAGAGAUGAAACUAAGCUGCAUUCUCAUUGGCUUGCUGCACUGAAUUAAGGACUCAGCUAGACUGGCAAAGGAAAAUGCGAUUGAUAUGCGUUGUAUAUGCGAUAUAACAUUGUGCCACCUGUUUUCCCUGUUUAAAUUUACAACGCAUUUAACUGAAACGCUUCUUUGAUGUGUCUCGAUCCAGCCUAAGAUUGCAGUUUUAAGCCUGUAUUCUCAGCCUCAUCCAUUCAAACCCGGGUGUUCCUAGCAUUUCCAUUUUUUCAGCUGCAAUACUAAUACAAAGAAAAACUUGAGUGAACCCAAACUUGUGACUUUUCCACACUUUCAGGUAAACCUAAAGAGCAUGACUCAAGUGACAGUGGCACAGAAAGUUAUGAAGGCUCAGAUUCAUUGCUGCAGUCUUGGAACAGCCAGUCCUCGUUGGUGGAUGUCCAGCGUGUGCCAUCUUAUGAGAGUUUUGAAGAUGACUGCAGCCAGUCCUUGUGUCUGAACAAACCCACAAUGUCCUUUAAAGACUACAUUCAAGAAAGGAGUGACCCUGUGGAGCAAGGGAAACCAGUUAUACCAGCAGCAAUUCUAGCUGGGUUUACAGGCAAGUACUACAAUAUUUUCCUUGACCUUUUUUGUUUUUUGCCUCUGGGGCUUUUCUGCCCCUUCACCGAUUGCAUAAUGCCCCGUGAGGGUGCGUUUUUAUUUAGGUGAAAUGACGACAGAGGUAGCCAUUACAAAUGUAACUGGAGCAAUAUUGGACUACCGUCAAAAUAAAGAUUAAUUAAAGCCACUAUUGGUACACUUUUCUGUGUGUAUGAAAGCUAAAUGAAAGCAGAAUUCAACAAUUCUUUUGUGCCCAGUGCAAGUUCUUUUCUGAAAUCCAUGUUUCAGAUGAAAUUCAAUUGUUGGGGUGGAUUUCAGAGUGAAACAUAAGGGAUACUGCAAAGUAUAGCCAACAGUUUGGAGAGCAGGAAGUUUCCUUCAAGUUGUUGCCAUGAAUUUUUUAAGAUUGGGAAUCCAGAUCUACUGUAAGAAAAUCCUGUUAACUACAGGUGUAUAUUUUAUUUUUUCUGAUUCAACUUCUGGUGUCAUAUUUACCUUUACCCAGGAAGACUUUAGUUAUACUAAGCAAUUAUACUAAAAUCCUGAGUGCUAGUCUCUUUAACACAUUAAUUUAUGUAUGACAGUAUACAAUAAUUUUAUCUUAUCUUGGUAUUAACAGGUAGUGGACCGAUACAAUUGUGGCAGUUCCUUUUAGAGCUUCUAACUGACAAAUCGUGUCAGUCAUUCAUUAGCUGGACUGGAGAUGGAUGGGAGUUUAAAUUAACAGAUCCAGAUGAGGUUAGUAGUUCAGUUGUCAUGAAUAGAAAUUGUUUGGCGCCUACUCUUAGGUGGAGCUAUGAGGAAGGACAGCCUGUACUCUGCACCUUAAUAUAAGCAGUAUUAACUAGAUGUAUAAAACUUGUUUCCCAUGUAUAGUUUGUUGGCCAGCUUGCUUUUUUUUAAAAGACAUACGGUAACUCUGAACCAGGAUAGGAACAUUAUAUGAGAAUGAGAGAAUGAAUGAAUUCUAUUAGGUAUCAAGUGGUUGCUUCAUGAUUUAAAUUCUUUCAGUUAUAAAAAUGCUGCAGCAAAGUUAAUUUGUUGAAGCUUUUCACUUCAGAUAUACUCAUAAUUCUCAUAAUUCAAGCGUGACUUGGAAGUAUUUCAUUAUUUAAAACCUCCUUUUUUUGCAACUCUCUAGAUGCCCUAGAUGUCUUUAGCUAUUCAUUAAGCUUUUAAGGAUUAGCCAUUUCAUUCCACCUUUCCCUUUUGAACUUGUUCCUAGUAUGCUCCAGUUAACUUGGCCUUGUGGAUGUGCUAGUGUUUAAAGAACAUGGCAUUUGGAAUAAUCUAAAUGACUCCAUUCCUAAAAUCCAGAUUUUCAGAGGUUGCCUUGAAUAUUAAUAACUCUUACCACAUUUUUCUCCUUUAAGGUCGCACGGCGAUGGGGCAGAAGGAAAAACAAGCCCAAAAUGAACUAUGAGAAGCUGAGCCGCGGCCUCCGCUAUUACUAUGACAAGAACAUCAUACACAAGACUUCAGGGAAGCGCUACGUAUACCGUUUUGUAUGUGACCUACAUAACCUGUUGGGCUAUACAGCAGAGGAGCUGCAUGCAAUGCUAGGAGUGCAGCCAGACACAGAAGACUGA